UCACAACCAUCCAAAAUUCCUCUUAAUUUUUCUCUCUCUUCAUUUAUCUCCUUCUUUCUCCAAAAAUCCAAACCCUAGAAAAUUUCCAUCUUUUCAAAAUCUCACAAAUCUUACCCUAUAUUUUCUCACCAAAAUCUCGCCUUCCGAGAUAAAGAUUAUCUACGGAUCAAUUUCCAACAAAUCUUAGAUCGCGUUUAGAUUCUCAACAAUCUCACCCUAAUUUCAGUUUCAACACAUUGUUUCCGAUUCAUCUCUUGUUUCUCACGCAUGGGUAAGAUUAUGCGAGAAACAUCGCGACCUUCCUCGAAUUCAUCACCGGCAUCACCUUCUUCAGCUCCGGCAACAUCAUCGUCGACGUCGAUAACCGAAACAGUUAAAGGCUCCCACAAGUUCAAGAUAACGGGGUAUUCAUUGUCGAAAGGGAUUGGAAUUGGGAAGUACAUAGCUUCGGAGAUAUUCUCAGUGGGAGGGUACGAUUGGGCAAUUUAUUUCUACCCUGAUGGGAAGAGUUUGGAGGAUAAUGCAACGUAUGUUUCGCUUUUCAUUGCGCUUGCUAGCGAAGGAACUGAUGUUAGGGCACUCUUUGAGUUGACACUUUUGGAUCAGAGUGGGAAAGAGAGGCAUAAGGUUCAUAGCCAUUUUGAAAGGACAUUGGAGAGUGGACCGUACACGUUAAAAUACCGUGGUAGCAUGUGGGGAUACAAAAGAUUUUUCAAGAGAACAGCACUAGAGACAUCAGAUUACCUUAAAGAUGAUUGCCUUAGUGUUAAUUGUAGCGUUGGUGUUGUGAAGUCACAUACAGAGGGCCCUAAAACAUAUUCAAUUGCAAUAUCACCUUCUAGUAUUGGUCACCAGUUUGGGAAGCUACUGGAAGGUGGAAAAGGCAGUGAUGUGAGUUUUGAAGUGAAUGGUGAAAUUUUUGCAGCUCAUAAAUUGGUACUAGCAGCUCGAUCAGCUGUUUUUAGAGCUCAGCUUUUUGGCCCUAUGAAAGAUCAGAAUACCCAGUGUAUAAAAGUUGAAGACAUUGAGGCUCCGGUUUUCAAGGUUUACAUAAAUUUUCUUUGUGCUUCGCUGCUUCCUCUUGUUUUGAUUUAUGUUUGCAACACUGUUGUAAAAUAUGUUCCGAUUAUUCUUUUUGUCUCUGUUCUGAUAUUCACAUUGCACUUCAUGCUUUUUAGAGCAUUGCUUCAUGUUAUAUAUUGGGACUCACUACCUGACAUGCAAGAGCUUACUGGGUUGAGCUCAAAAUGGGCAACUACCUUGAUGUCUCAACAUCUGCUAGCAGCAGCUGAUCGGUAUGGCUUAGAUAGACUUAGGCUGAUGUGUGAAGCAAGUCUGUGUGAAGAUGUUGCAAUAAACACUGUAGCUACAACUUUAGCUUUGGCUGAGCAACACCAUUGUUUCCGGCUGAAAGCAGUCUGUUUGAAAUUCAUUGCAAGGCCUGAAAAUCUAAGAGCUGUGAUGCAAACUGAUGGUUUUGAGUACUUGAAGGAAAGUUGCCCAUCUGUUUUGACUGAGCUUUUGGAGUACGUGGCUAGAUUUACUGAGCAUUCGGACUUCCUGUGCAAGCACAGGAAUGAGCAAAUACUUGAUGGCAGCGAUAUAAAUGGAAGGCGUGUGAAGCAAAGACUAUAGUAUGAAAAAUGACCAGGUCUCUGUAGAGAACCCUGUUCCACUCACAUUAAAAAAUUACAGUGAGCCAUGGAUAAGGGAGAUGAUAAGCAUUUAUAGGAUUAGUUGAAAUUUUUAUUUGUUGUUCCUUACUACCUGUCUAGAUGUAAAUGUAAUGUGUUUUGGUGCUGUUGUAGAUCUGUCUUGGAUAGGUUUCUCACUUUGUCUAAUGUGUUUUGUUCUCUCUUGCAGUGUAACUUUUGUCUGAAAUGAAGAAUAUUGACUGUCUUUUUUGUUUGCUUUUA